CUUCCCUUCCCUUCUCUCCCUGUAGCGGUGGAGGAAUCCUGCUGCUUCCACUUCUGCUUAUGAUUCCUACCGGCUUCGCCUCUCUGUGCUCCUCCAUCAGAUGGGUGCUGCUCUGCUAGGCUUUUGUGCUGCUUCAGUGUAAUAAAUUAACGUAAACAGUUUUAUCAAUGACACGCUUCCACCUCACCUCCCCCCACCGUUGGCUGCCUACCAAAAGAAGGCCGUGUUCAAAGUGGGUAUUCCAUUCCUAAUGACAGACGCAUUUAUGUGAAAAAAUAGUAAAACUUCCAGUAAGAAAGCCAAGCAAACACAUAUCCAUGCUCAGACACUCUGGCUGGAGUUCCAUGCUCCUCUAUGCCAGCGUGAGGCUGUGAUGGAGCUGCUCCUGUCAGCAUCUAGCUCACUGGGAACUGAAGUACCUACAGUUAUAAUGGAUUGAGCAGUGCAUAAUUCCUCCUUAUUUGCUAAAAUGUAUUAAACAGUCAUCCUUCAAUGUUAGGAUUAACGAACCUUAGCUGUCUCAGCUUUUUUUUUAAUUGCCCGCUGGCCCAUACUGACAGCGUAUGAGAAACUUCUUAUGAAACUCAGACUUAAUCUUCAGUUCACUGAAUUUAUAAACCGUAAGAAGCAGUCUGCAGUCCAUCUGAAUCCAUGGUACUCAAUUAUACUUUAAACAUAUUGUAUGAGUAGCUAGUGUUUGUCUAAUUGGAUAUAUAGAUGUGCUCCAUGCUAUGCGGAUGCAUGGUGGCCUUUUCUCUUUUAGCUUUAUUUGUUACCUAAAUCUUUACUGGGAUACGUGGGAAGGACUCAAUGCUUGGGGAGAAACUGGGCUGAAUACGGCAUGUUUCAGAUUACGCCAACCUUGGCAAAGAGAUACCUAAUAAAAAGAACACAUCUUUGUUACAAGUGUCAUAAGCAUCCUUGGUGCAUUGCAAGGCAGAGUGCAGCACUUUGUACUACUGCAGGGUUUACUGCUCUCAGGUAACUUCAGAGCAAAGCUGUGCACAGACUUGAAUGACUUAGGUAAAAAAAAAAAAAAAAAAAAAAGCAACAAAACCAAACAGCAGCAGGACUGGAAGCAGCUUGACUGGAUUAAUUAUUAAGUUACCUUGUGAGACUUGAAGGGUUUUUAUCUUUUUGAGGUGAAAUAGUUGCUGUUAAACUCGGAUGACUUUCUGCUUUUAUUGUAGUCAGCAACAACACGUAAGUAGUGUUUUGCGCUCUAACGGUAACAUCUGAACUCAGGUUCUGCAAGCACACACAUGAAUAACUUUGCCACAUUAAGAGCUUCUGGGCCUGAAGUUAUUCACAUGUGCUUGCAGGCAUGGGCCUUGAUUUGUGUUCUAACUUCCUCACUGAUGCAUCUCAGUAAUGUUUGCCUUUUUCACCUCAGCCAAACAAUGGACUGGUGGCUCUAACCAAGAGAGCUGAUCCUGCUGAGUUGAAAACAAUAUUUUUGAAGUAUGCAAGUGUGGAGAAGAAUGGGGAAUUCUUCAUGUCUCCUAAUGACUUUGUCACACGGUACCUGAAGAUAAUUGGGGAUGGUUUGCCGAAUGCAAACACUGUUCAGCUCCUUGCAGGUGUGGUGGAUCAGACAAAAGAUGGGUUGAUAUCCUUCCAAGAGUUUGUGGCAUUCGAAUCAGUCCUGUGUGCUCCAGAUGCAUUGUUCAUAGUAGCCUUUCAGCUAUUUGACAAGACUGGCAAAGGAGAAGUUACUUUUGAGGAUGCUAAGCAAGUUUUUGGCCAGACCACGAUUCAUCAGCACAUUCCAUUUAACUGGAAUUCAGAGUUCGUACAGCUGCAUUUUGGAAAGGAUAGAAAAAGACACCUAACGUAUCCAGAGUUCACCCAGUUUUUACUGGAGAUACAAUUGGAACAUGCAAAACAAGCUUUUGUGCAGCGAGACAAUGCUCAGGCUGGAAGAGUCACAGCUAUGGACUUCAGGGACAUUAUGGUCACUAUCCGACCACACAUGCUGACACCAUUUGUUGAAGAAUGUCUAGUUGCUGCUGCUGGUGGUACCACUUCUCAUCAGGUCAGCUUUUCCUAUUUUAAUGGAUUUAAUUCUCUCCUUAACAACAUGGAGCUCAUUAGAAAGAUCUACAGUACUCUGGCUGGAAAUAGAAAAGAUGUGGAAGUCACUAAGGAGGAGUUUGUUCUGGCAGCUCAGAAAUUUGGUCAGGUUACACCCAUGGAAGUAGACAUCUUGUUUCAGUUAGCAGAUUUAUAUGAGCCACGGGGGCGUAUGACAUUAGCUGACAUUGAAAGAAUUGCUCCUCUGGAGGAAGGAACGUUGCCCUACAACCUGGCUGAGGCUCAGAGACAGAAAGCACCAGGUGAUGUGUCUCGACCAGUCCUCAUCCAGAUUGCAGAAUCAGCGUACAGGUUUGCCCUUGGUUCAGUUGCUGGAGCUGUUGGAGCCACUGCAGUCUACCCAAUUGAUUUGGUAAAAACUCGUAUGCAAAACCAGCGCUCUACAGGAUCUUUUGUGGGAGAACUUAUGUAUAAAAACAGCUUUGAUUGCUUCAAGAAAGUGCUUCGCUAUGAAGGUUUCUUUGGGCUUUAUAGAGGUCUGUUACCACAGCUAUUAGGAGUAGCACCAGAGAAGGCCAUAAAACUUACUGUUAAUGAUUUUGUGAGAGAUAAGUUUAUGAGUAAAGAUGGCUCCGUCCCACUGGCUGCAGAAAUUCUUGCUGGUGGCUGUGCUGGAGGUUCUCAAGUGAUCUUCACCAAUCCACUAGAAAUUGUCAAGAUUCGACUACAGGUGGCUGGAGAAAUUACUACUGGCCCUCGUGUUAGUGCCCUCACUGUACUACGGGACUUAGGCUUCUUUGGUCUCUACAAGGGCGCUAAGGCGUGUUUUUUGCGUGACAUCCCCUUCUCUGCUAUUUACUUCCCCUGUUAUGCUCAUUUGAAAGCUUCAUUUGCCAAUGAAGAUGGAAGAGUCAGCCCUGGAAAUCUGCUCUUGGCUGGGUCAAUAGCUGGUAUGCCUGCGGCCUCUCUGGUGACUCCUGCAGAUGUCAUCAAAACAAGGCUACAGGUAGCAGCGCGGGCAGGACAGACCACUUACAGCGGUGUUGUAGAUUGCUUUGUGAAGAUCCUUCGAGAGGAAGGUCCAAAGGCUCUUUGGAAAGGAGCAGGAGCUCGUGUGUUUCGAUCAUCUCCUCAGUUUGGUGUAACUCUUGUGACUUAUGAACUACUGCAGAGAUGGUUUUACGUGGACUUCGGAGGAGUAAAACCAGUUGGAUCGGAGCCAGUUCCUAAAUCCAGGAUCACGCUCCCUGCUCCUAACCCUGACCAUGUUGGUGGUUACAAAUUGGCAGUUGCCACUUUUGCAGGGAUUGAAAACAAGUUUGGACUUUACCUACCUCGGUUUAAGCCAUCACCACCUACCUCAAAGGCUGCUGCAGCAGUAGGACCCUAAGCAUAUUGCUGUAGGCUUUUUGUUAUUAGUUGGGAAAGAGCCACUUUUCUAAUUGGUUAAUACUUUUGUUCCUUUAGCUUCACAUCGUAUAACAGUUUGGCUUCAUUUGAGUUUUAAGGCAGUUCUCAUCUUAAACGUAAUCAUUUGUCUUUGUGCUUCCUUAACCAGAUCACUGUGAAAUUCUUACCAGUCGUUUUAAGUUUGGGACCAUGAAUGUAUCUGUCCGCAUCUGACAUGAGCUUGUGUUGGGAAGACACUAAUUUUAGGUUCCAUUUAUUGGGGAGGGUUGGGUGAGAGCUGUGAACCAGAUCAUCUUACAGACAGUGCUCAGUUGCAGAUUCCCAGGGUGGGUGUCACACACUGUCACUCAAAUGGCAAAAAAACUCAGUGGAUAUCACGGUGCUCAAAGCAGAAUGAUUUUGAGUGUACAUGUAAGUUGGUUAUCAACUUAGUGCGUGUCUGUAGAGGUCAGCAAAUAUGCCCCUGGUACCUAAGUCUGCCAGUACAGCUUCAACUUUUUAAAUAUGUACACGCACAAGUUCUGUUUCUGGAUUGUAUUAUGAAGCUUUUAUGUGGAACAUGUUUUUGUAAUGGAAACCACAUUUAUAAAUGUUUAGCCGUUGUAUUAUGUUACCAGUAUCAAAAUGCUCAAAAGAAAGUGUUAUUGUCCAUAGUCUUUGCACUUUAUGGCAGUACUUUUGGCAUUCUACUACACAUACAAGGAAAUUUCAUAACUAGGUGCCUAUCUUGGGUUGCUGGUGUUUGGAAUUCAGUUUGUAUAUGCACUCUAGUAAAACGCUGCUUGUUUAAAUAGCUGCAAUAGAAAAUUCAUGCACUGUAUCAAUGGUACCUGCCUUAACUGCUGGCUUGUAAUUGGCAAAUAGGUGGUUUCAGAUUCUUAUUUACUUCAUUGAGUCCACAGAGAUUAAAAUACUCUAAAAGAAAAGAUUUUACUUAAUUUUUUGGUGCCUUGCACAGUGUUUAGAAAAUCAUGUAUUUAUGAAGAUAGUAAUAAACCUUUCAAACAGA